AAAAUAUUGUGGAUAAGUGUAAAAUAAAUGUUCAGGAUAAGCUGGCCAGUUAGUGCGUUGGCUUGUUCGAGUCAGGAUGUUUGAACGGGCACUUUGUUUCGCUGUUCUCAGCAUAGUUUGCCAAGCCACAUUUGCAUUGGCUGAUUCUAGUACAACACCCAUAACUACUCUUCCACCUAUAGUAGCACCAACACCUCUUUCAUCAUGCCAAAAACUCAACAGUUUUACAGAAAUCUACAGUCAAGAUUCUCCUGGUUUCGUGAAUAUUUUAGAAUUAUGUAACGAAGAACCCAAAGACGCGAACUCGACUACACAAGGGACAUCUGUGCUGCUGAAAGUGUAUAAUGAAAUAAAGGGAGAACAAUGCUCCUUUACGUAUAAAAUGGAUCAAAAGUUGAUUAAAUGUGUCAACAAAGAACUUGGAUUUGAUCCAGAGCUGACAGCAGAAGGAGCAAAAUCCCAUUUUGGACGCAAUGGUACACGCGCCUUGCGAUUCGAGGAUCAAGAAUGCGUAAAUGCCGUAAAAGUACGAGAAUGCGUGGAAAAAAUAUUUUCAGAAAAGCGAGUGGCAUCUGAGAUGUUAGGAUGUAAGAAGGCCAUACUUCGUGGAUUUAAUAUAACUGCAAAUAUAUGCAAAAAAAAGGCACAAGGUCGUGGUCAAAGAGGCAGUGGCAUGAAGUAUUUACCUUCGAACUAUUUGAUUAUGGGCACUACAAUAAUGGUGGUUAAAUUUACACUUUCAUUCAUUUCAUAACAAUAUGUGAAGAAAAAAGAGAACAUAAUUUUGGUUUACUAAUAUUUAAUUCUAAUUAAAAGUUUUGAUUUAAAACUAAUGAUUUAGGUUUUUAAAUAUAAAUAACAUGACAAAGAAAACUUAAUGUCGUGAAAAAAUACUGUAUGGAACGGACU